UCUUCUUCUUCUUCUUCUCUUCUUCUUGCGCGCGAGAGAAUGACGAUGAUGAGUGGUUCACUGGCAAUGUGGCUGGUGUGGGCUGCCUGCCUUGUCUCGGUCGUUCUAGUUCCCUUUACCAAGGUGGAGGAGAGCUUCAACUUGCAAGCCAUCCAUGAUCUCGUCCACCACAGAGAGAACAUCAGCCACUAUGACCAUCUGGACUUUCCUGGCGUCGUGCCGCGAACGUUCCUUGGCAGCUUGAUGGUCGCGCUGCCCACCAGCCUGCUGACAAUGGCGCACGAAGCCCUGUCGCCGCACGCCUCCAAGGAGCUAGGGCUUGUCAUCGCAAGAGCUAGCUUGGCGGCAUUCAACUGCCUGGCGCUGUGGCGGCUGUAUCGUGCUGUUCAGACCCGCUUCUCGCCCCAGAUUGCGACAUUCAUGGCAGCUCUGACCGCUGUGCAGUUCCACCUUGUCUUCUACAUGUCACGCACCCUCCCCAACACCUUUGCUUUGGCCCUAGUGUUGCUGGCGUUUUCGUACUGGCUGGAGUCAAAGCUGCAGCGAACCGUUGUUAUGUUUGCCAUCGCCGCCCCCGUUUUUCGAGCAGAGCUUGUUGUCCUGGCUGGCCCGGUGCUGCUGUCGGAGAUGCUACAGCGCAACAUCUCGCUCUCUCGCCUCCUUCUCACCGGCAUUCCUGCUGGCUUGCUCAGCAUAGCCGUCUCUGUUGGCGUGGACUCAUUCUUCUGGCAGCGGCUGCUGUGGCCAGAGGGCGAGGUGCUCUGGUUCAACACCAUCCUUAACAAGAGCAGCAACUACGGCACGGAGCCGUUCCUGUGGUAUUUCUACUCCGCACUCCCCCGCUGUCUCAGCGCCAGUUUGCUGCUGGUCCCUGUGGGUAUCUUUGCCAAGCGCAAGUUGCUACGGUAUCUUCUUCCCGUUCUCGCGUUUGUCUUCCUGUACUCCUUCCUCCCACACAAGGAGCUUCGAUUUGUCCUCUAUGCAGUUCCGAUGCUGACCAUCGCCGCAGCCGCCGGCGCAGACUACUUGUGGCGUGUGAGGAGUGGCCACGGUGCUGUGCAGCGGGCAAUCAGCGCUGCUGCUCGCGCUGUUGUUGUCGGCGUGUUUGUCGGCUGCAUCCUCAGCACAGCCCUUUUCACAGCCGUCAGCAGGGAGAACUACCCAGGAGGCCAUGCCUUCCGGUGGCUGCAUGCCAACUGCGAUGAUGCGUGCGGAUCCGCGACGGCGCCCGUGUCCGUGCAUGUGUGCAAUUUGGCUGCGCAGACGGGCGUGUCGCGCUUUGGUGAAACCAACCCCCACUUCAGGUACUCCAAAGCAGAGGAAUGGACAGAUGACCUGUCGUGGCGCAACUUUACUUGGCUCAUUGCAGAACCAAAAGAUGAGCCACAAUACGCCGCUUCACACAAGCGCGUUGCCGCCAUUCAGGGCCUUGAUCGUGUGUCCACGACGUCCUCGUGGCCGUUCAUUCGCAUCAACAAGCGAGACGCCCUCCUUGUCUUGCGUGCAAGAUGAUAGCCCGAUGCUGGUUGAUGCUCCGUGUGUGUGCGUGAUGCAUGUGUGAUGUGUGUGUGUGUGUGAUGCAUGUGAGGCUGUCG